AUGUCCAUCACCACCGCUAGAUACAGACUCAUGUCCAACACCACUGCUAGAUACAGACUCAUGUCAAACAUAACCUCUGACAACAAACUCGCGUCCAUCACCACCGCUAGAUACAGACUCAUGUCCAACACCACCGCUAGAUACAGACUCAUGUCCAACACCACCGCUAGAUACAGACUCAUGUCAAACACCACCGCUAGAUACAGACUCAUGUCCAACACCACCGCUAGAUACAGACUCAUGUCCAACACCACCGCUAGAUACAGACUCAUGUCCAACACCACCGCUAGAUACAGACUCCUGUCAAACAGAACUACUAGAUACAGACUCAUGUCCAUCACCACCGCUAGAUACAGACUCAUGUCCAACACCACCGCUAGAUACAGACUCAUGUCCAACACCACCGCUAGAUACAGACUCAUGUCCAACACCACCGCUAGAUACAGACUCAUGUCCAACACCACCGCUAGAUACAGACUCAUGUCCAACACCACCGCUAGAUACAGAUUCAUGUCAAACAUCACCUCUGACAACAAACUCGCGUCCAACACCACCGCUAGAUACAGACUCAUGUCAAACACCACCGCUAACAACAGACUCGCGUUCAACGCCACCGCUAAAUACAGACUCAUGUCCAACACCACUGCUAACUACAGACUCGCUUCCAACACCACUGCUUACUACAGACUCGCUUCCAACACCACCGCUAACUACAGACUCGCUUCCAACACCACUGCUAACUACAGACUCGCUUCCAACACCACUGCUAACUACAGACUCGCUUCCAACACCACUGCUAACUACAGAAUCGCUUCCAACACCACUGCUAACUACAGACUCGCUUCCAACACCACUGCUAACUACAGACUCGCUUCCAACACCACCGCUAACUACAGACUCACUUCCAACAUUACCGCUUAA